UUUCAGUUCUUCCUAGUACCACCGUGUGUGCUCAUUCAGCUCAAGUAGUACUCCAACUCUAAUCUCUAGUGUGUGUGCAUUUCACUAGUCCGUGGCGCAGCUAGUGAGUGUGUAGCCGCCGGUUGUAGUGUUCCUCCGCUAGAUUGUACUGAGAGAGAGAGAGAGAGAGAGAGAGAGAGAGAGAGAGAGAGAGAGAGAGAGAGAGAGAGAGAGAGAGAGAGAGAGAGAGAGAGAGAGAGAGAGAGAGAGAGAGAGAGCUAGCUACUCGCUACUCGCUAGUAUUUUGGGCUAACACCGGAGCUAUGGAAGCUGUGACAGGGAUGCAAUGGAGCGCCGCCUGGGCAGUGGAAGCUGUGACGGGGAUGCAAUAGAGCUCCGCCGGAGCCGUAAUGGAGCUUCGCCGGACAUUGUCGGUGCUACGUUGCAACUUUUGUCGCGCUGCCUGGUGCGCCAUGAGAGCUGUAAGGGAGCUUCACUGGGGUGUCAUCAGUGCUCGGCGGUGCGUUGUGCUGCUGCGAUCGGACGGCCACAGAUCAGACAGCUGGCUAGGCGGGAAGUCAUCCGGUUGAGAAUAAUCAGAGGAUCUUCCCACGAGCCAACAAAAAUAUCUCUAUGCAAAAGCAACACUUUAGCAGUUUAGCUAUAUGUGCAAUCAAAUCGAUCGAAUACUUUUGUGUCAACAGUAUAAAUCAAUGGGCAGUGGGCGUCGCUUUCCGGCCGCCCCCUCCGUGAAUAAAGAGCCGGGCAUACAUUCGAAGAAGCAAAAAGCACAGAAAAAUCAGGGGGCAGCCCAUAGCCUAGGGCCAGCACCCGUGUGUCGCUCUCCCGCCGGUUUGACGAAACAGACAACGACGACGCAUGUCAAACCGCCGGCGCCGCCCCGUGGUAUGACAAUACCCACACUCUCAUAUCAUAUCUCCCCCAAUCUUUCUUCACCAGACCAACGCACCAGCACCACAACUCCAUCAACCAGCAAGUAAAAUCGUCAAUCUUGUAUCGACCGAUCGAUCAAGAGGGAGGGAUGAACGCGGACUACGGCGCGCCCACGGAGCUGGCGGGGCCCCUGCAGCAGAGGCGGGCGCUGUACCAGCCCCGCCUCCCGCCCUGCCUCCAGGGAGCGACGGUGAGGGUGGAGUACGGCGACGCCACCGCCACCAUCGACCCCACCGGUGCGCACGCCGUCGCACAGGCCUUCCCGCGCACCUACGGCCAGCGGCUCGUCACUUUUCUCACGCCGGACGGCGCCGCCGGGGCUGGCAAGGCCGUCGACGAGCGCCCGCCCAUCAGGGUGGGUGUGGUCUUCUCCGGGAGGCAGUCACCUGGAGGCCACAAUGUGGUCUGGGGCCUCCAUGAUGCUCUCAAGGCUUACAAUCCCCAGAGUAUUCUCUACGGAUUUAUUGGUGGGACUGAGGGGCUGUUUGCAAACAAGACAUUGGAGAUCACAGAUGAUGUUCUUGCUUCAUACAAGAACCAGGGUGGUUUCGAUUUGCUGGGCAGAAGUAUUGACCAGAUCCGCUCGAGUAAGCAAGUGAGUGCUGCUAUGACGACGUGCCAAGAUCUUAACUUGGAUGGCCUGGUCAUUGUUGGAGGAGUGACUUCCAAUUCAGAUGCUGCACAGCUUGCAGAGACCCUUGUCCAAAAGAACUGUAAGACCAAGGUCGUUGGUGUGCCUGUUUCACUGAAUGGCGAUCUCAAAAACCAGUUUGUCGAGACAACCGUUGGAUUUGAUACAGUGUGCAAGGUGAAUUCUCAGCUUAUAAGCAAUGUUUGCCUGGAUGCAAUCUCGGCUGGAAAGUACUACUAUUUUGUUCGUUUGAUGGGUCGAAAAGCGUCUCAUGUCGCCUUAGAAUGUGCGCUCCAAUCGCACCCGAACAUGCUUAUCAUGGGAGAGGAGGUGGCAUUGUCAAAACUCACACUGAUGGAAGUUAUAAACAAGAUAUGUGACGGAGUACAAGCAAGGGCAGAAUUAGGAAAACACCAUGGUGUGCUCCUUAUACCAGAGGGACUGAUAGAAAGCAUUCCAGAAAUGUAUGCACUCAUUCAGGAAAUCAGUAACCUUCACAACAAUAAUGUGCCUGUUACAGAGAUACCAACACAACUGUCUCCGUGGGCAGCGGCACUGUUCCAGUUCUUACCACCCUUCAUCAGAAGAGAGCUCCUCCUCCAUCAAGAAUCUGACAACUCUGCCCAGUUGUCCCAGAUUGACACCGAACAACUGUUAGCUCACUUGGUAGAAGCAGAAAUGAUAAAAAGAACAAAAGAAGGAAGAUACAAGGGAAAGAAGUUCAGUUCAGUCUGCCAUUUCUUUGGAUAUCAGGCUCGAGGAUCCCUACCGUCAAACUUUGACUGUGACUAUGCUUAUGUUCUUGGCCAUAUCUCCCUGCAUAUGAUAGCAGCUGGUUUGACUGGCUACAUGGCAACUGUGGCUAAUCUCAAGGACCCUGUACACAAGUGGCGAUGUGCUGCUGCCCCACUAACUGCAAUGAUGAGUGUCAGGAGGCAUUUACGUGGCCCGGGGGCAAUCCCUAUAGGAAAGCCUGCCAUUCAUCCUUCUCCUAUCGACCUGAAAGGGAAGGCAUAUGAGUUGCUGCGAGAGAAAGCUUCGAGCUUUCUCCUUGAUGACUUCUACAGGACUCCUGGAGGUAUUCAAUUUGAAGGACCUGGUUCGGAUGCAAAGCCAAUCACACUGACCAUUGAAGACCAGGACUACAUGGGCGACAUCGAAAUGCUAAAACUGUAUCUCGACAAGGUGAAGACGAUCGUGAAGCCCGGUUGCUCAAGGGACACCCUCAAAGCGGCGAUAAGCUCGAUGAUCUCAGUGACACAUGUGCUGACAGUGAUGUCCCACCCUCUCAAUGCUGAGCUGCCUCUCUACCAUUUCAACUGAGCAUGAAUCACUCACUGCAUCUGAGUUACAGGAGGCUGGCUUGAGCUAUUCUGUUUUCCUCUGUGAUCCUUUUUUGAAGGACAGCGUGUGAAAGCACUGCAGUCUAUAUGCCAGCAAACGUCGAGAUAAUAGUACUAGUUAAUAAUCCUUGUGUGAGACUGGAUAUGUUUGUGAUGAGCAACCGAUAGACUCGAGCUGAAGUAAUCAGAACUUCAGGAUCAGUUAGUCUCGAAAACUUUUGAUUGCAAAUGACUUGUAGUUGUUCUAAGUAAUGACUUAUAAUUCGGACA